UACAUUCCUACUUUUCUCAUAACUUUAUUGCUUAUAGGAGAAGCAGCCGAAUGUAUUGAUACCAUGAACACAACUCAUUCCAUUAGGGAUGGGGACACAAUUGUUUCAGCAGAAGGGACCUAUGUAUUAGGAUUUUUUAGCCCUGGCAAAUCAACAAACCGAUACGUGGGGAUAUGGUAUGGCACAAUACCUGUCGUCACUGUAGUUUGGGUUGCUAACAGAGAAACCCCCCUUAAUGAUUCUUCAGGCGUUUUCAGACUUACUAACGAAGGAAGUCUUGUCCUUCUCGAUCAUGAUAGGAGCUUGAUUUGGUCCUCUAACUCGUCGAGACCAACAACUAAUCCAACAGCUCAACUUUUGGAUUCAGGAAACCUUGUUGUGAAGGAGAAGGGUGAUGGCAGCUUGGAAAAUCCCUUGUGGCAGAGUUUUGAACACCCAACUGAUACUCUAUUGCCAGAAAUGAAGCUAGGACGGAAUAAAAUAACGGGCAUGGACUGGAACAUGACAUCAUGGAAGUCACCGGAUGAUCCUUCCAGAGGUAACUUUACAUGUAUUCUUGUUCCUCAUGGAUAUUCCGAGGUACUAUUGAUGGAUAAUUCGAAAGUGAGGCAACGGUCAGGGCCAUGGAAUGGCGUGCGGUACAGUGGUACACCGUAUUUAAGACCAAAUCCCUUGUACACAUAUGAAUUCGUUUCCAAUGAGAAGGAGAUAUUUUUCAGGGAGCAUCUUGUUAACAAAUCAACACAUUGGAGGAUCAUGAUAACUCACGAUGGUGAAAACCACAACCUCGUGUGGAUUGAGAGCACACAGAGUUGGCUGCUAUACGAGAUAGGAAAUACUGAUAAUUGUGGAAGGUAUGCACUGUGUGGUGCAAAUGGUAUCUGUAGUAUUCACAACUCUCCAUUGUGUGAUUGCUUGAAAGGAUUUGUACCAAAUAACUCAAGAGAUUGGAACAAGAUGGAUUGGUCAAAAGGUUGUGUAAGAAAGACUCCACUAAAUUGUUCUGGUGAUGGGUUUCAAAAGCUUUCCAAAGCGAAAUUGCCUGAGAUAAAAUCAUCUUGGAUUAACUCGAGCAUGAAUCUUGAGGAGUGCAAGAACACGUGCUUAAAGAACUGCAGCUGUACAGCAUAUUCAAAUUUGGACAUCAGGAAUGGAGGAAGUGGGGGCUUGCUUUGGUUCGGUGACCUGAUUGAUAUUAGAAUACUUUCUGAAAACGAUCAAGAUGUUUAUAUACGGAUGGCGGCAUCAGAUCUAGAUAAUGGUGACUUCUUGAAGAUUCAUACAAAAUCCAAUGUAAAGAGAAGGAUCAUAGUAAGCACCGCAUUGUCUACAACCAUUCUCUUCCUUGUCCUAGCCUUGGUCUAUGUUUGGAAAAAGAAGCAGCAAAAAAAGGGUGAUUUGCAAAGAAAUCCACAUAAGAAAGAUGAUUUGGACUUACCGUUGUUUGAUUUGGGUACCGUGGUUCGUGCAACAAAUAAUUUUUCUGUUGAAAAUAAACUCGGAGAAGGGGGCUUCGGACCUGUUUAUAAGGGAACACUGAGAGAUGGACGAGAAAUAGCUGUGAAGAGGCUUUCUAAUGAUUCAAGACAAGGAGUUAAUGAGUUCAAAAAUGAAGUUAAGUGUAUUGUGAAACUUCAACAUCAGAAUCUGGUGAAGCUUCUAGGAUGCUGCAUUGAAGGAGAUGAAACGAUGCUCAUCUACGAGUUUUUGCCUAACAAAAGCUUGAACUUUUUUAUUUUCGGUGAUACAAAGGGCAGGCUGCUAGAUUGGCCGACACGCUACAACAUCAUCAACGGGAUUGCUCGUGGACUUCUUUAUCUUCACCAGGAUUCAAGACUAAGGGUAAUUCAUAGAGAUUUGAAAGCCAGCAAUAUUUUACUCGACUAUGAACUGAAACCAAAAAUUUCAGACUUUGGACUGGCUAGAAGUUUUGUAGGAAAUGAAAUUGAAGCCAACACUAAUAAAGUGGCUGGUACAUAUGGAUACAUAUCUCCAGAGUACGCAAAUUAUGGAGUCUACUCGCUAAAAUCAGACGUCUUCAGCUUUGGAGUCUUGAUGCUAGAGAUAGUGAGUGGGAACAGGAACAGAGGAUUCUGUCAUCCGGAUCAUAGCCUCAACCUUCUAGGGCAUGCUUGGAGACUUUUCCAAGAAGGAAGGCCUAUAGAACUGGUUUCGGGAUCAAUAAUUGAAUCAUUCAAUCGAUCUCAAGUGUUACGUUCAAUUCAUGUGGGUCUUCUCUGUGUGCAAGAAAAUCGAGAAGAUAGGCCGAACAUGUCAUGUGUGGUUUUGAUGCUGGGUAAUGAAGAUGCAUUGCCUAGGCCUAAGCAUCCAGGUUUCUUCAUCGAAAGGGAUGCUAUUGAAGAAAGUUUACCAAAACAGAGCAAACCAUUAUCAGAAAACGAAUGCUCGAUUUCACUGUUAGACGCAAGGUGCAUUGCCUCAGCCAAAACAACCAGGUUUUUGGCUGCUGAAAGGGAUUUGGCGGUAGCAAAUUCUUCAUAUUUACAGAACUUAUCAUGCUCGGUCAAUGAAUUCACUAUCAGAAUUCCUGAGGCUAGAUAG